GUCUUGUAAAAGUGUAUAUUAACCAUUUUUAUAUUGACUAACCUUGUGAUAUUUGACUUUAAUUUCCAGAAAGUGAUUAAUUUACUUCUCUCUCUCUCUCUUUCUUUUGCAGACGCACAAGCCACGUAACUACGUAUCUGAAGAAAACUAUUGCUCUUUGUUCUGUACUUGGUUUCCUUGUCCGUAAAAAUCGGCUAGAUGGCGCCAUUGCUCCAUGCUGUAGCACAUAAAUUCAACAACUUGACCCCACUGACGUCAAGACGGUCUGGCGCAUCAAGGCCACUUUCAAAACCCCAUUGGUCUGAAAAUCACAUGACAAAGCGCCUUGAAUCCAUAAUUAUGUUGCUGAUAUUUUUCGCCCCCCCAAAAGAUGUCAGCGUCCUACUGUCCUUAUCCACUUCGGCAAGAAGGAGAUCGUUUUGAAACAAAAGGAAAACAAGGCAAGUAGCAAAAUGUCAUGCCCGAACAACGUGGCAGCCAACACAUUCCUGAUGGACUCGCUGGUGGGAAGAACAUCUCCUUACAGAGGUGAGAGCUAUUCUACUAACUCCGGAAUGUAUAUGCAAACGUCUGCAGAAUAUGGUUCCUCCAUGAUGGGUAGUUUUGGUAUUGUUGGUACUCCUCUCUACAAACGGGACGAUCUACAUCCGAAUGGGACGCAUCUCAUCAGUUACCAGCACUCACAUUACCUGUCGCAGCGGGACACUUGGAUCGCAGGCUCUAAAACUUACAGAGGCUCACAACCUGUUGCCCAGCCUUUGCACCCAUGCUCGUUUCCAGCCAGUAAUGUGAAAGAGGAAGCGAUUCCUUGUCUUUACCAGCCUGAUAUCGACAGCGCUAAAGAGUCCGCUGAGAAAUCCACCUACAUCCGUCUGGGAGACAAUAACAGCCACCCGAAUCAAAGCGCCGUCUCCACCCCCGACUAUUUCCGACGGAGCCAGGUGUACGCCAGUGAAAGGGGCCACCAUGGAGAUGACUUCGGCUCGGACUUUAACCCAAUACCCAGAAUAUCCACGCCUGUUGAAGCACUAGCAGCAGAUUCUUAUAUGAAAAGCAGCAAAGCAAGGCAGGACCCAGAAGACAAGGGACGGAAUACGCAGGAAGACGACAUGGAACAGAGACAGACUAGAAAAGAGGAGAGUGUCUCAAAAACAGACAGUUGUACUGAUGAUUCCGAGAGCGAAUUGAAAGAUGAGGCUAAAUUGGAAAAAACAACGGGUAACUGGCUACAAGCGAAAAGUGGACGAAAGAAGAGAUGUCCUUACACAAAACAUCAGACACUUGAACUGGAGAAGGAGUUCUUGUUCAACAUGUACUUGACUCGAGAGCGCCGUCUGGAGAUCAGCAAGAGUAUCAACCUCACAGACAGACAGGUCAAGAUCUGGUUCCAAAACAGAAGGAUGAAGCUAAAGAAGCUCAACAGAGAAAGUCGCGUCCCAGAGCUAACAGGCUAUAGCUUCAACUGAGCGCUUAAGACAGACAAAAGGAAAAAUAAGAAAUUACAUGCUAUCUCGCUUUUCCCACGUUCAGUCCCCUCUUUCUCUCUCUCUCUCUCUCUCUCUCUCUCUCUCUCUCUCUCUCUCUCUCUCUCUCUCUCUCUCCGUAUCUCUUUUUUUCUCAUUUCUCCCUUUGACUCCUUUUGACAGACUCAUAUACACACAUAUACAAAUACAAAAUAGCACUGGUCCACGACUUUUAAUGCAAAGGGACUGGAACAUCCUGCUAACAAUAUUACAUUUAGUUUACAUCCGAGCCUAAUUUAUCAUUGUUAAAUAGGCCAGAAUAAUAAUUGUAAAUAUGCCAGUAGCAUAAGAAAAGGAUGCUUGGUGCAAAUAUUCGUGGCAGAUUUGUAAUAAAAAAAAAAAAAAAAAACUUAUAUAUAUGAACGAGAUGUCUAUUCGAUAUCUUAGGUUAGUUUGUUUGCUGUCAGUGCGCUUGUCCUACAAUGCGCGCUCUGUAUUUUGCAUGCUUUGUUCUUUGACGUGUAUUUGUCAAUUUGAUGUUUAACUCGAGAGGCUGAUAAAUAAAACAGGGGGUGGGAAAAUAUAUAUGUCCUGGUAUGUCCUUCCCCUUGCAUAUUUUCUCCUGUAUUAUGUUGACAGAGAAAUUUUGGGUGAGGACAGGGAAGAGAGUCAGAAAGAGAAGUGGAUAGCACUUUCAGUAUGAGAGGGAGACCCAUAACGUUGAUUUAAAUAUUAUCCAGGUGACCACAGUAAGUCAAGGUCAUAAAAUUGUAAUGUCAUGACGGUCCUGGAAAGCGCUGGGGGUGGAUUUUAUGAUCUGCAAAUAUAAUGUGCUGCUGCAGUAAAGAUGCAUUAAAAGGUGAGUGGAGGAGGGCUAAUUCACAUACUCGGAACUGCAAUGUGCUGGCCUCACUGACGCGCUCUGCGGUCUGCCUGGCUGUUUUGGAACCAGGAACCUUUCAAUGUGGAGUAAUGGGACGCUAUGAUACGAUGGACUGAACACGGAAGGAUCCUAAACCUACAGCGGUGGAGAAUGAAUGAGUGGAUCCUAUGAGCAACGUUAAUCAGAUCGUGUGCAGAAGGUUCAAGCGCAUAAGGAAAUUGUGAACGUGAGGGCAAGGAGGACCUCAACGUUGCACUGUGAACUCUAGUUACAAUGGAGCGGAACCCAAGCGGUCUAGAACUGCUUACACUCGCCAGCAAGUCUUAGAAUUGGAGAAGGAAUUCCACUAUAAUCGGUACUUAACACGGCGAAGACGUAUCGAGAUUGCUCAUUCCUUGGUCCUCUCGGAGAGGCAAA